UUGUUAUCCAAUGGGAAAAGUGAGAGGCAGAAGAGCUCAGAAGAGCCAGGACAAGCACGAGGGCGGUUUUGAGCCCGAGUUGAAGGUCUUUGAUGAACCAGUUCAACAAGCCGCUGGCGAAAACGCAUCUCAUAGUGAGCCAAACACGUUCUUUGGUUUGGUAGACUCUUCAGAGCUGGACUAUUUCAAGCAGGCUGAAUCUACUCUGAAUGCCAAUGCGUUUGAGAAUGAUGACGAUAGGGCUGGUUUCGUCACGAGUGUGUUGGAGGAAGCGAAAGGUAAGGAGCUGAAGCUUGUCACUAAUCAGAUUUGCUCCAAGUUGAUGGAGAGACUCAUUUUGAAUGCCACUGAUGAGCAAUUGAAGCAGAUAUUUAAGUCAUUUGAUGGUCAUUUUGUGUCUCUGAUCCACCAGAAGUACUCAUCACACUGUGUUGAGACAUUGCUUGUUCGUACUGCUGCCUUGGUGGAGAAGGAACUUCUAAACCCAUUCCCACAGGCAGAUAUGGGUGAUGACUACAUCUCCAUGGAAAAUCUCUUUCUGUUCUUCCUAAGUGAAGUUAGACCAUUUGUGAAGGAAAUGAUUGUACAUCAGUACGCCUCUCACACCUUGAGACUGAUAAUCUUGAUCCUUGCUGGUAGUGAGUUGCCUUCAACAACAAUGGCUAACUCAACACUCCGUUCUAAAAAGAGUAAGAUUGCAAGAAAAAUGAUUGUGAUUGUCGAUAACGAGGAUUUUAACAGAUCAUUCCAAAUACCUUCAUCGUUCAAAAGUGAGCUGAAACAUUUGAUUGAUACUUUGAAGGCUUCGAUGGAUAGAAGAGCUGCAAGGGAAUUUGCGAUCCAUAAGAUUGCCUCACCGGUGCUGCAAUUGUUAAUUCAAGUUGAAGGUUUGGUGGACAGAGAUAGACCUUUUUGGCACUUGGUAUUCUUGAAGGACAACGAAGAGAAGGAUCCACAAGAAGAGGGGUUCAUGGAGUACGUUCUUUCCGAUGCCGUUGGUUCACAUUUCUUCGAAAAUGCCAUUAAGAACCAAAGAGUAAAAUAUGUUGAAAGGUUGUACAAGCUCUACAUCUCCAAUAGGGUCUUGAAGUUGGCCAAGAGAGACACCACAGGAAGUUACGUUAUCCAAUCACUUUUGAAGAAGUUGAAACAGAACGAAGCCAGACAAAUGCUCAAUGAACUGAUCCCUGAGAUGAGUAUGUUGAUGAACUCAAACUUAGAGAUGGGGCAGUCCAUAAUUGAUGCUUCUGCGCUUCAUCAUGACUACAAAAGAGCACAAAUCAUUGAAGAAUUGGCAAAGAAGUACACACCGAAGGAGAAUGAAAGUGACAUAUUGGAGUCUGUUCUUCAAUUAAGUGGUUCAACUUUGGGAAACACACGUGAUGAUUGGCCAACAGCAGAGGAGAGAAGAAGAUCACUGUUCUUGGAGAAGCUCAUCGACUUCGAUCCACGAUUCCUGAAACUGACUGUUGACAAUCUCCUGUCAUUGCCAAAGGAGAGAUUGAUCCAAAUGUGCUUUCACGGUGUGUUCUCCCAUGUUGUCGAAAACGUUCUCAAACCCGAACUAGAUAUUAUAUACAGACGUCGCCUAUUGAACCAGUUCCAGGGAGAGAUUGUCAACAUGGCGUGUAACUCUUAUGCAUCUCACAUUGUGGAUAGACUUUGGAGUUUCACAUUGAAACUGAACAUGUACAAGGAGAGAAUCGCCAAAGAACUCGUGGAUCAAAAGGAGAAAGUGAAAGAGAGUAUAUAUGGUCGUCUUGUCUGGAAGAACUGGAAGAUGGAACUCUACAUGAGAAAGAGACACGAUUGGAAUUUUGCCAUAAAGGAAGAAGAGUUUGAAAAGUUCCCACCAAAGGCCCCAGUCACGGAAGAAACUACAGAUAAGGCUGAGAGUAAGAAGAGAAAAGAUAACCUCCAGCUAUCAUCACACACUCCAGAAACUAAGAAGCAGAAGAUCAGAGGCCGUAACCGUAAAUAGGUACAAUAAUAACAACAGAACAAUCUGCAUUGAUUAACAUCUCAUAAAGAAGAGUUCGUUAGUGCUUAUCGGAUUCAAGCUAAG